AUGUACGGCUCAGACAACAUCUUGCCCAUGGAUGAAGCUGGCUAUGCUGUUGAUGAAGGAAAGAAGCUAUCUCUAGAUCAGCUACGCGCUCAAGCUGUCAAGUACAAGACCCUCGCUAAGACUGAAUUUGCUCAAGCACGAGACAAACAGCUCCUCGUCUCGCAUGUACGGCAGCAGAAAUUCUACGAGCAGGCUAUACAGGCACGAGAGGACAAGCCGUUGCGAGAAGCCGACGAACUGCAAGGCAAUGUGGCAACCGAUGCCCCAAGCACAGACACGCUAUUGACUGAGGUGCAGCCUGGUCUUUACAUCAGCAGCUACGAAGUAUUGCAGCAUGACGAGCUGCUCAAACAUCAGGGCAUCUCUCACAUUCUUUCCGUCUGCCGACACUUUCAUCCUUCUUCAAAGCAGCAGGCAGACUAUACAUGUCUACAGAUUGAUGCGCUUGAUACCACAGAGCAAGAUUUGAUACAGCUCUUUGAUAAGUGCAACGCAUUCAUCACAGAAGCACUCAGAAAUGGCAAAGUUUUGGUCCAUUGCCAUGCCGGUCAAUCACGCUCCGUUGCAGUCGUCGCAGCAUAUCUCAUGUCUGCAAGCAAUGUGCCACUUGCGUCAGCCAUCGACCUCAUCUCCUCGAAGCGCCAGAUCGACUUGAGCGAUACCUUCAGAAGGCAACUACAAGUCUAUGCACAAUGUGGCAAUCGGGUCGAUCCUACGCAUGAAGCCUAUCAAACUUGGCGACUCCAGCACCGUAAUGGUGUGUUGAGACUGCAGGACGAUACAAUCGCUGCCUCACCGGGCUUACAUACCGCUAUUCGCUGCAAGAAAUGCAGGUUUGUGCUAGCGAGUGAAAAACACAUCCAACGUCACUCUCCAAAAGAACUAACUGCCGGCCCUUGUGCGCAUCUAUUUAUUGACCCUGUUCGAUGGAUGAAGGCAGAGCUCGAUUUAGGUCUGCUAGAAGGGCGUUUCACCUGUCCCGGCCGCAAUUGUCAUGCCAAGAUUGGGAGUUAUGCGUGGCAAGGCAUGAAUUGUAGUUGUCGUGCAUGGAUUCUGCCUGGGCUUGCGUUGCAUCGUUCACGCGUGGAUGAAUUCAAAACUGCAAAGGAGGUCGUUGUCGUGCCAGCGAGGAAAGACGCAGCGCCAUCGUGA